AUGGCAGGAGAGCCAGAGCCCCAGAGGCCAAAGAACCAUGAGGAGGAGGUCACAUUUGAAGUCCAGAAAUUUACUGAGAACGACCAUGAGGGUCUCAUUUGCAGUUCCAAGAGCAUACCAGAAUAUCUGACCCGAGUCCCCUGGCUUCUCCUGCUUCUCAUCUCUUUGAGUAUCUUUGUGCUGAUGUUGGCCACCCUGGUUCAAGUUUCCAGGAUUCGUGGAUGCCCACAGAGACUGAUCUCAGAUAAGCAGGGGAGCUCCAGCUUGGUUGCUGUUCCUCAGGAGCUGACACACUCCAUCUUGGAGAAAGUCCAGCAGCAGCUGAAUCAGAUCAAUGUCUCUCUGGCUGGCCUGUGCCGGCCAUGCCCCUGGGAAUGGGAGCUCUUCCAGGGAAGCUGCUACCUCUUCUCCCGGACUCUGGGCAGCUGGGAAGCCUCAGUCGCCUCCUGCCAGAAUCUUGGAGCCCACCUGGUGAUCGUCAACAGUUUUGAAGAGCAGCAAUUCCUCAAAUACUUGCACAUCAGAAAGAAUGGACUCACCUGGAUCGGCCUCAGUGAUCACAGACAUGAAGGUUCCUGGCACUGGGUGGAUGGAACACCACUUGGACUCAGCUUCUGGAAAAAUGGGGAGCCCAAUAAUGAAGGGGAUGAGGAUUGCGUGGAGCUGUCAGAAGAUAAGUGGAAUGACAAAAGAUGUGCCGCGAAAAACUUCUGGAUCUGCGAGAAGCCCUCGGCUCCCUGCCCUGGUCACUGAGAAUCUGCGCUUCCCCUAGGCACACAGGCAACUUGGGGGCAUUCUGCUCUAGUUCCAGCCACCUUGUCCAUCCCUGGAAUCCCUGCUCUGACUCCCUUGAGAUCCCAAGAGAGUCCCUUGAGACACCCUCCCCUUCAGAUCUUCCCUCUUCUUCUGUGGAUUAUCUCAGUUGCUCUUCCCAGCCCAUGAACCCCUCGGUAGUCACUGAGUGACUGUGUCUGGGUGUUGCUCAAUGACUCACAGUUUGCCCAGCACAAGUGAGUCUCUCUAGAGUUCCAUCCCCAGCACAGAAA